GAUUCCAUUUUGGUUGAGUCACCUAAGUUCCACCAGGAAGUCUUCAAUAUUAGACCCAUCACUUCUUUCAGCACCUGGAUUUGAUUUCAGCACCUGGAUUUGAUUUGGAUCUGAGCAUUCCCCUAAUAUCCUUAGUCACAUUCACACACAUACAUCUGUUUAUCUCCGAGUCCCUUGGAUACAUGGGCUGCCUCAGUCCCUGGCUCAGCUCAAUCCCUCCAUGGCUUCAUUCUUCUCUGCUCUCUGCUUCUUCCCUCCAACAAUAAAACAGUCCCCUCCUCACACCCCUCUUCACUCCCACCUUCACACAAAGACACGCUCGCAUGUAGAAGCUACAUCAUACUGAAUAACAACACCAACAGAGUUGUAACUUGUCCAUGACAAUUGGCCCAAACCCAAAACCACCCAGUACUAGCAAUACCAAUACCAGCAGCACGAAACCCAUUUACCACUAGACCAGUGGACCAUCCCACUUGGUCACUAUAGUGUAGAAGAAUAUGAGAGAGACAGGGGUGUGUUGAUUUUUGUUUCUACUUAGUACUUUGGUGUUUAUUGUGGAAUUCUGAGUGGGGUGUGGGAAAAAUUCAGAUAGAGUGGUAUGAUAUCGUCAGGGGUUAACCUGGCGAUGACGGUGAUUGGUUUCGCAGUGAGCACCAUGUUCAUCGUCUUUGUGUGCACCAGGCUUAUUUGUGCUCGGAUUCACCUCAAUGUUUCAAGACGCUCCUUCCCCACAGCUUCUAGAUCCGAUCUCAGUAUUCUAGAACGGGGUUUACAUGGCGUUGAACCUGUAGCUGUAGCCAACUUUCCAACAAAGAAGUACAAUGAUCCAUUUUUUUCAGCAGUUGAAGAUGCUCAAUGUACAGUUUGCCUCGCAGAAUACCAUGGCGAUGAUGUAUUGCGGAUCCUCCCUUAUUGUGGGCACUCAUUCCAUGUGACCUGUAUAGACAUAUGGCUUCAUCAGCAUUCCACGUGUCCUGUUUGUAGAAUAUCAUUGCGCGAGCAUCCUGAGAGAAAACAUCGUCUGCAACCCUUGUUCAGUUCAGCUAUUCGAUCUCAUUAUGGUACAGAAUCCUCUGACAUCCAUUCUUAUCGCUAUCCUUUGAACAAUCAUGGAUCAAGAACACAUGCCAACCGUAGUAUGGACCCUAUUCAAGAGGAUCAUAUAGCAUCUGAGGGUGAUGGAUCAGAUGCCAGGGAGAAUGCCUUGCCCUUAAAUGAGAGUAAUCUGAAUUCUAAGGACAUGACAAACAAGCACGUAGAAAGCCCAUCAAAUCCAUAAAUACAAUGGUUUCUUGGAAUCCAAGCAAGCAUUCUGUAAUGCCUUCAAGUGGCGGCGAUUGAGACCAGGCAUGUCCCUAAAUCUGCAAGUAGAUACCAUUUGAACCGUCUCUUAGGAAGUUGGGAUCAGCUUGUUGCUGACUCUUCGUGCUUGCUGUAUAUAGUGCAAAAAUGAGGUUUUCAAUUGGGGCCUCUUUCUUUUAUUUUCAUGGUUCAAUUUCUUCUUUCCCUAUUAGGUGGCUGAUCUUGGGCAGUUUUGUUAGAUCAGUUGUAAACAAGACCCAGAGAAAGACCGGUGGAGGUUGUAGUUCAUUUUUCCCUCAUGUAAUGUUGUAUCAUACUCACGUCAACUUCAAGCUGGCCAAAUAUGGCAAUAUUUAUGA